AACCCACCAAUAUUCGGGGCAUAUUUCGUAAAUUCCGCCACCAUUUAGGAUCUCUUUAUGUUCUUCACAGUUCACUGUCCUUUCGCCCUUCUCGCUUUUCUGUGGAGUCCCCAAACGCAACCAACGCUCUACACUGUAACUACACACUUCGCGCGACAUUUCCACAUUCGAUCCUCUCUUCUUCCUUCUUCUCUUCUGGUCGGCCUCGAUUCCUCUGUGUUCUAUCAAUUCUCUUUCAGACCGUUCCUUUUUUUUUUUCUCAAUUUCUGCAAUGUGCUUCAAACACCCUUGAUUUUGUUUCUGCCAGAGUUAAUGUACGGACGUCCUCAACCCUUGACCGUAGGCGACCAGAUCGCCUCCGUCCCUGACUGUGGCGACGGCGGCGAGCCUUUGGAUAAUCGCCUUGUUCGAUAUGGAGCUCACGCUCUUGAAGACGGCGCUGGAGUAGGCGGUAUGAUUGAGGAUCUUAACCCUGAUGCCGUUUAUGCUUCCGCCGGUGAUGGUUCAGACAUGGCUAUUCAACGCAGCGAUGGUUCAAGCCAGCUCACACUUUCAUUCCGUGGUCAAGUGUAUCUUUUCGAUGCGGUUUCUCCUGAGAAGGUUCAAGCAGUGUUAUUAUUGUUGGGUGGUAGCGAACUAUCUUCUGGUCAGCAAAGCGUGGAUUUGGUAACUCAGAGUCAGAGGAAUGCUGUGGACUUCCCCGGACGUAGUAGUCAACCGCAGAGGGCAGCCUCGUUAAGUCGGUUUAGGCAGAAAAGGAAGGAGCGAUGUUUUGACAAAAAAGUCCGAUAUGGUGUUCGUCAGGAGGUUGCUUUCAGGAUGCAACGCAACAAAGGACAGUUUACUUCUUCCAAGAAGCCUGAUGGUUCGUACAGCCAUGGUAGUGUUUCAGAGCAAGGUCAAGAAGAAAGUCCACUAGAAACUUUAUGCACAAAUUGUGGCACAAGUUCAAUGGCUACCCCAAUGAUGCGGCGAGGACCAUCUGGUCCUAGAUCACUUUGCAAUGCCUGUGGACUUUUUUGGGCAAACAGGAUUGUCUGGCUCAUGGAUAUGCCAGACCUUUGCAAGGGACUUAUUGGCUUUUAUGAUGUAAGAUGUAUUUCAUACUUGUAUGAAAUUUUUAGUUACUGAUAUCUUGUUUGCUUGGAUGUUUUGAGUUAAGAUUUACAAUUUUCAUGGAUCUCUGUAUGGGGCACAAUGAUUCUAGCUGCACUUGGAACGAGUGGGAAAAAAAAGUGAUGAUACACACAGUGUCUAGGUUAGUUUGGGUCUUUUUAGUCAGUCAUUGGGUUUUAAUAAUAACUGUUGACGUGAUUAACAAUUUUUAUGGUAAACCACUCUCACCAGCAUGUGCAUUUUCUUUCGUUAGUCUAACUCGAUCUUUCUGUGUCUCUACUACCUAGCUGACCACCUCAUGUAUCUCUUCCUUUGUCCUUUGUUAUUUUCUUUUGCUGCUUCUUGAUGCAGUGUAAUCAGGAGUAGUUUGGUAAUUUUCAUCUACAAGUAGAGACCACGUCAUCAAUACGGAUUUAGUUUCAUUAAUAGGGAUUUAGUUGAGAUUUCUUUCAGAUACUUCUCCUUUGAUUCUUGGUUUUGGUUGCAUCACCUCCCUUGAUCGUUUAGAUUUUCUUGUUCACUAAUUGUAUUUCGCUCUCUAUCCUUGUUUUUCCCUUUUUUUCCGUCUUUGUUGCUUCAUUUACAGUUCAUCUUGUCCGUGCAUUUUCUUUAGACGUUCCUCUUAAACUUGGUUAAGUUCUUGAAAUUCGUUUCUUACCUGGUCCUACCAUUCCCUUGAUAUCCCGAAUCUUGUGGAAGGGAUGCCCAACUCCACUUCAUCAAGUGACUUUCAUCCUCCAAUCCUGCAUUUUCCCAAUGCUUUUAUUUAUUUUUUUUUUUAUUUCCUUGCAACUUUUUACAUUCUUUGUGAACAAGUGUAAAUUGUGGUUGGAUGGUUACACAAUUUUUUUUACUGAGGUUUAUUGUCCCAUCCAGGCAUCUUCUCAACUAUGCACAAGAAAUUUGUUCGUUUCCUCUUUAAAACUUUAAAUGGACAGACUGGAGGCAUAUUGUAAUACAUUAGUAUGUUUCUUACGACUGUACAACUUUCUCUUCUUCUGGCGCACAUUGUUCUGGAGACAAGUUAGAUGUAUAUACUGUGUUCACCAACACCGAAUCCAUCACCCAUCACCCAUCAAUCACCUAAUCCGUCAACCAUCAACCACCAAGGUAAAGACAUGGGGGGAGUUUUGAUUGAGGCUUUGGGAAGGUCUGUUUAAUUGAGCCCGGGAAACCAACAUCUUGCCUGUUGGUCUUCCCAUUCGCAAAUAUAAAGAAAUUGUUGAGAUAUACAGCUAUAAGUCCAAUCCAAGUUUCUUCCCUUGGCCCUUACACAUUAUUUCGUGUAGUGCCAACCUACUUUCUCAUAGGUUAUUAUAGGCGCCCAAAAUUUGGUGUCUUUGAUAAAGCACAAUUACCUGUUGUUGAUCAUGGAAGGAAGCCAUUUCUUUUAUAUUUCGUCACCAACCUUUCGUCAAUCAACCCUUCAUUUGUCCUACUCACAAACCUUUUUUUAGGAUUAAACAAAUAUGUGUUUUAUGGGUGCAUCUUUCAACGAUUUCCUUCUCAAAAAAAUCUAACCCCUCGAGCACUUCUAUCUUAUGGUACUUCAGUCUUUUUUAAGAACUAUGGAGUGAACCCCAAUUUCAGGCUAUUUAUCCAUUUCUCUGUUCAAAGGGCCUCUCUAGCCAAAAUUUCCAGCAUUUACUCCAAUGGUUUCCGCGGCAAGUUUGAGCAUUGGAUCCAUGGUGACCAACUAUCUAUAGGAUUUAAUCUCCUACCAGUUAUCUUGACAACCAAAUAUAACAGGGUCAAGUAGUUGUAUUGUGAGAAAGUCUAGGCAUGUGCAUGUUGUCCUAGAUACUCGUAUAUAAACAAUAAUAAUAAUGGUGUCCCUCCUUCAGUCAGAACUGUCAGCAUUUCUGAUUUUAUACUGGAUUAUUAAGAGUUAGAACCUAUUCAAACCGAGUAUAUUUGGUUUGACACUGCAGUGGUUUCUGAACAACUGUUGCUGAUUGAUCUGGGUACACACAACUUUUGGGUAUGAAAAGUGCAGUGGUUUCUUAACUACUACUGCUCUUGUGCAUGUAAUAUCGUAAGCAGACCUGCGUAUUUACUGUGUGUGACAACAUGCUUACCUAUGAAUACAUUUUAUGAUUAUUGGUAUUGCCUCAUGGCCUUACCAAAAUACAUUAAUACAUACGUGUAUGAAUUUAUAUACUUAUCUUGAGGACAUAUCCUUAUCAACAUGAAUAUGUAUGUCGUGUCAAAUUGCUACUUCAAUGGUGCAGGCGGUGAUUGAAGAUUGUUUUAAUAUCUGAUUCUGGUUCCCUUUCACAGUUUGAGUUAAGCAUCGCUAAGAAUUCAUUGUUCUC